AUCCAACCAGAAGCGGGCAUGACAUGACCAAUUUAUGGCUCACCAUGCUAAUUGCCUGUGUGUCUCAAGACUUGCGAAUGUCGAGAGGUAUAUCAAAGGUCUUUCUUAGGAAGUUUGGAAGAGUGCACGAGCUGCGAUAAUCUAACCCGGAAGUCGGAGAAAUACUCCAGAUAACUG